AGAGAGGAGAAGCCGAUGGUUAAAAACCGACGAUCGCCUGCUGUGAUACCUCUUUUUGACUUCCCGAAUGUAACGCGUUACCGUUACAUCUCUUUUGAGCUUUGGCGUUAAAUGCCGACGCCUGAUGGGUCAGUUGAAUGGGUCAGUUGGGUAAAUUUGGGCGUCCUACUGCGCGCUAUGACCGCCGGCGACAGCAAGCGAUCUUAACCGGACAACUCACCCCCAGCUGCCAACUUUACUAACUGGCUUUGCAGUAGAAGAUGACAGAACCAGAAUUACUGACAGAAGUCCCUGCAGCACUGAAGCGUUUAGCCAAGCAGGUGGUCCGGGGCUUCUACGGGGUGGAGCAUGCGUUGGCUCUAGAUGUGCUGAUUCGCAACCCCUGUGUACGUGAGGAAGACAUGCUGGAGCUGCUCAAGUUUGACCGCAAGCAGCUGCGCUCGGUACUUAACACUCUGAAGGGGGACAAAUUUGUUAAGUGCCGCAUGCGGGUAGAGACUGAUCAAGAAGGCAAGACGACACGCCACAAUUACUACUUUAUCAAUUACAGACUGUUGGUCAAUGUGGUCAAGUAUAAAUUGGAUCACAUGCGGCGACGCAUUGAGACGGAUGAGCGGGACUCCACCAACCGUGCCUCCUUUCGCUGUCCCUGUUGCUUCUCAACCUUUACUGACUUGGAGGCUAACCAGCUUUUUGACGCCAUGACAGGGACAUUCCGCUGUACCUUCUGCGAGACGGAAGUGGAAGAGGAUGAGUCGGUGGUGCCCAAGAAGGAUGCCAGGACUCUGGUGGCACGCUUCAACGAACAGAUCGAGCCCAUCUACGUGCUGCUGCGGGAAACGGAAGAUGUUAACCUGUCACACGACCUCCUAGAGCCUGAGCCCACAGAGAUCCCCGCCCUCAAACAGAGCCGUGAACGCGCUGCGAUGGCGGGAGCAACCUCAGCUGGCCAACAUCGCGAGGCCUGGUCCAACAAGGGCUCUUCGUAUGCCGACCUGUACACCCAGAAUGUGGUCAUUAGCAUGGAGGAGCAGGAGGACCAGCGCAGGCAGGCCGCUGAGAAAAAGGCGACCAAGGAAGGGCCUGUGUGGCUGACCCAGAGCACCGUGCAGGGGGCUUACAGUGAACCCAACACCCUUAUGAACACUGGAAACAUCACCCAUGGAGCCCAGGAUGGCGCCGCUGGUCAUGGCAUCAACCAGUCAGACGAAGAGGAAGUGAUGCGCACCCUCCUCAUUCAUGAGAAAAGGGCUUCGGCUUCAUCGGGCGGAGGCAGUUCCAGCACAGCUGCCAGGGCACUCACUUCGGCCACAGGCAACGCAAGCGACUCGGAGAGCGACACCAGUGAGUCAGAGGACGAGACCCCCAUGGCUCCUCCCCCAGCUGUGGCCGCUCAGCAUAGGCAGGAAGAAGAGGAUGAUGAUGACGAUGAUGACGAGGGGAUGGGUGAUGAGCCGAUGGUGAUGGUCGGGGGCAAGGCAUUCUCAUACAGAGAAGUGAGCCAGCGGCCAGAGCUAGUGGAGCAAAUGAGUGCACAGGAGAAGGAGGCCUACAUUGAGAUGGGGCAGAACCUCUACCAGGACAUGUUCUACUGAGUGUACAUGUACGCCCAAACUGUUCUGAUGCUAAGUGUUUAUUCUGAGAACCAAACAUACACAUACCUUCCACUUUCAUUCUGCAUCACGUCUGAGGACAAGCUUAUGGACACAGCUUUGUAAGAGGAAAACUGUAAUAUAUUUGUAUACAUGUCUGGCAUUAUCCAGGCCAUUUUCUGACAGUGUUUUAAUAUGUGAACCGUGCUUUCAGUAUUCUGCCCCAGAGUUUGUCCUUCAUACAUACUUUUAUUGGGAGAAAGUCAAAUAGCUGCAGUGUAUGCACAAAGUGCCAAUUUAUAGUUUCUUUUUUUUAUUUUAUUCUUUUUUAAAUGUAUCUCUCUAAGGCCUUAGGUUUUCCCCAUCAUGCCGAAAUUGUAAAUGAAUCCACAGAAUUAGAACUUGAAAAUUGAGUUCAGAAAAAUAUAGAAAAUUCAGGAAAUUCAAACUUUUGAGAACAUUGCUGUGGAAAUAUUCAACCAUUACUUGAAGCAGUUUCUAUAAUAAAAAGGUAAAUAAG